GAAAUUCGACUUUUCACAUCUGACAUCACGUAAGUUAAGAAGAACAUUCUAGAAAAACCUACAAACCGCCUCCCCCGCCCAAUAUAUACCUCUCCUUUCCUCCGAACCCUAACCCUAUCUCUCUCUCCGCCUCUCUUUCUCUCUCCACCUCUUCUUCAUCUGCACUCUCGUUCUCUCUCUCUCUCCCCUGAUAUCACACGCCGUUUCCAAGCGACUAGCAAAAGCAAUGGCCGGUAAAGGCGAGGGUCCGGCUAUCGGGAUCGACCUCGGGACGACCUACUCCUGUGUCGGCGUGUGGCAGCACGAUCGCGUCGAGAUCAUAGCCAAUGACCAGGGGAAUAGGACGACGCCGUCGUAUGUCGGGUUCACUGACAGCGAGCGCCUCAUCGGCGACGCAGCCAAGAAUCAGGUGGCGAUGAAUCCCAUCAACACCGUCUUCGAUGCAAAACGUCUCAUCGGGAGGAGAUUUAAUGAUGCCUCUGUCCAGAGUGACAUUAAGCUGUGGCCCUUCAAGGUCAUUGCUGGUACUGGUGACAAGCCUAUGAUUGUUGUGAACUACAAGGGUGAAGAGAAACAGUUCGCUGCUGAGGAGAUAUCAUCUAUGGUCCUCGUGAAGAUGAAGGAGAUUGCUGAGGCAUUCCUUGGAUCUAUUGUGAAGAAUGCAGUUGUUACUGUUCCUGCUUAUUUCAAUGAUUCACAGCGACAGGCAACCAAGGAUGCUGGAGUCAUUUCAGGACUUAAUGUCAUGCGUAUUAUCAAUGAACCAACUGCCGCUGCCAUUGCUUAUGGUCUUGACAAAAAAGCCACGAGUGUUGGCGAAAAGAAUGUCCUCAUCUUUGAUCUCGGUGGUGGUACCUUUGAUGUUUCCCUUCUCACCAUUGAAGAGGGUAUAUUUGAGGUAAAAGCGACAGCUGGUGACACUCAUCUCGGCGGAGAGGAUUUUGAUAACAGAAUGGUGAACCACUUUGUUCAAGAGUUCAAGAGGAAGAACAAGAAGGACAUCAGCGGUAAUCCCAGAUCACUUAGGAGACUAAGGACCGCUUGUGAGAGGGCGAAGAGGACUCUCUCCUCCACUGCUCAAACCACCAUUGAGAUUGACUCUCUAUACGAGGGCGUUGACUUCUAUUCCACCAUAACUCGUGCCAGGUUUGAGGAGCUGAAUAUGGAUCUGUUUAGAAAGUGCAUGGAGCCUGUGGAGAAAUGUCUGAGGGAUGCUAAGAUGGACAAAAGCACAAUCCAUGAUGUCGUUCUCGUCGGUGGGUCUACCCGUAUCCCAAAGGUACAACAGCUGCUGCAGGACUUCUUUAAUGGGAAGGAGCUUUGCAAAAGCAUCAACCCUGAUGAAGCAGUUGCCUAUGGUGCUGCAGUACAAGCUGCUAUUUUGAGUGGUGAAGGCAAUGAGAAGGUUCAGGACUUGUUGUUGUUAGAUGUCACCCCUCUCUCCCUUGGGCUCGAAACCGCCGGAGGAGUCAUGACUGUUUUGAUCCCGAGAAACACAACCAUUCCCACCAAGAAAGAACAAGUGUUCUCAACUUACUCGGAUAACCAACCUGGGGUUUUAAUUCAGGUGUACGAGGGUGAGAGAACAAGAACCAGAGACAAUAACCUUUUGGGUAAAUUUGAACUCUCUGGUAUCCCUCCGGCUCCUAGGGGUGUACCUCAAAUUACUGUGUGCUUCGACAUUGAUGCCAAUGGUAUUUUGAAUGUCUCUGCGGAGGACAAGACCACUGGACAGAAAAACAAGAUCACAAUUACCAAUGAUAAGGGUAGAUUGUCUAAGGAGGAAAUUGAGAAGAUGGUUCAGGAAGCUGAGAAGUACAAGUCUGAGGACGAGGAGCACAAGAGGAAAGUGGAGGCCAAGAACGCCCUGGAGAAUUAUGCUUAUAACAUGAGGAACACGGUGAAGGAUGAGAAGAUUGGGUCUAAGCUUGACCCAGCGGAUAAGAAGAAGAUCGAGGAUGCCAUUGAUGGAGCCAUUUUGUGGCUUGAUAGCAACCAACUCGCCGAAGCUGACGAGUUUGAGGAUAAGAUGAAGGAGCUGGAGAGCAUAUGCAACCCCAUCAUUGCCAAGAUGUACCAGGGAGCUGGUGGGCCCGACAUGGGCGGUGCAGGCAUGGAUGAUGACGAUGCUCCUCCGGCUGGCGGAAGUGGUGCUGGCCCCAAGAUUGAAGAGGUGGACUAAGGUGGUAUUUUUUUCCAUUGGUGAUGGAAUCAUCUAGCUACUAGUAUUAUUUUGAUUUUUUUUUUUUCCCUCAUUGGGAACUUGUUGAAUCCGGAUGGCCAUAUAUGUUUAAGUCAUCCGGCUUGGCUUUUGAAGGUCGGUUGGGAAUUUGGUUUUGCUGCUUAGCUUUAUGUAUCAGACAUAUUAUUCGCAAUUCACUUGUGAAAUUCUACUUUUUUUGCUGUUUU